AUGAAUCCCAAAAAUAAACUAACUGAUAUUUGCACAUCUCUAACCUUAGAACAAGCCAAAGAGGACAUAACCAAAGAAUGCAAAUUGGUGAAGGAGCAAAAUAAAUAUCCAAAGGAUAUAUUAUCGAAAAAUCAAUUGGAUCAAAAUAUCAAUGCCCCAAAUUCCAAUGAAAUAGACGAAAAUAGUGAUGAAGAGGAGAUACGAAAAUGGAGAGAAAAAAGAUUAAUGCAGCUUAAAAAAAAGCAAGAGCUAAAAAAAGAUGGUGUUUAUAUAGAUGUAAUUGAAAAGGAUUUCAUACCCACAGUUGUUAAAAAUGCUUGCGUAGUUUGCCAUUUUUAUGAUAACAACUUUAAACGAUGCCAUAUUUUACAUACCCAUUUAAUUAAAUUAGCAAAUAUUCAUUUAGCGACAAAAUUUAUUAAAGUAGAGGCUAAAAAUUGCCUGUUUUUUAUGAACAAAUUAAAUAUAAAGGUUUUGCCGAGUUUAUGCCUUUUUAUCGAUGGGGUCCUCAUUAAGACUUGUAUUGGAUUUGAAGAUUUUGGGAAUAAAGAUGAAUUUAAAACAAAGGAUCUGGAAGUGUUUUUAUUUAAAAAAAAUCUUAUUAGAAAUACGGAAUACAACGAAAGUGAUGAAGAAGAUUAA